AUGCCAGACAAAUAUAAUAGUUUGGCAAAGAGUUUUCACUGUGCAAGAGAUAGGUACCAACAGGAAAAUUGCACAAACAUAAAGUUUAAGUUGAUUAGUAAAAGGACUACAGAUGGCAGGACAUACAACUUGCCAUCUGCAUCUGAAGUGGCUGCAUUGAUUGUUGGCGAUGGCGAACAACUUAGUAAAGAUAGAGAUAUUAUUAUAGAGAGUCAAUCUAGAAAGCUCCAACGGAUUGAUGUUUUUCACCCAUCUUAUUUAGUCUUGCAAUAUCCAUUGUUGUUUCCAUAUGGGGAGGAUGGAUUUUGUUUGGGUAUUGUAACAUCAGAUUCUAUCUCCGCUAAGCCUACAAAGAAAAACAAAACAAUCACUUUGCAACAAUUCUUUGCUUUUCGACUACAGAAAAGGACGGGUGAAUCUCCGUUAAUUCUGAGAUCAAAGAGACUAUUCCAACAGUUUCUGGUAGAUGCCUACACAAUAGUGGAAUCAGAGAGAUAUGCAGGAUAUCCUAGCUAUUUUAUCACCAUGACCUGUAACCCUGAAUGGGAUGAGAUAAAAAGAGAAGUGACUCCCAUUGGAUUGAAGGCAGAAGACCGUCCUGAUAUAUUGUGUCAAGUUUUUAAGAUCAAGCUUGAUGAUAUUUGCACUGUAGAAUUUCAAAAGAGAGGGCUUCCGCAUGCACAUAUCCUUUUAUUCAUGAGUAAUGAGUUCAACCCACAAACACUAGAUCACAUAGACAAACAUAUAACAGCUGAGAUUUCUAAUGAAAAUGAAAGGCCAAAUCUACAUGGAGCUGUUCAAAAUUACAUGGUACAUGGUCCAUGUGGUCCGUACAACAAGAAUUCACCUUGCAUGAAGAAUGGAUCAUGUUCAAAGUUCUAUCCUAAAGAGUUUAGACAGCGAACACUCAUUGAUGAGGCCAGAUUUCCCAAAUAUAGGCGUACUGAUAACGGUCGAACAGUGAAGAAAAGGGAAUGUGUACUAGACAAUAAGUUCAUUGUUCCGUAUAAUCCAGAAUUUUUGCUCAAGUUUGGGUGCCACAUAAAUGUGGAAUACACAUGCCAAACAAGUUCUGUUAAGUAUCGGUUUAAGUAUGUACACAAGGGUAAUGACCACGUAACAACUACUCUAUACAAUGCUGGUGAUCCGUUAGAAGCCACACAAGUUGUUGACGAAAUUAGGAAUUACUACGAUUGUAGGUACAUUCCGGAUGAGCAACCUGUGGUUUAUGGUGAAACUUCUAAUGUGAAUGAUAUCGUCGAAAGAGAAAUAUCUCAUAAGUCCAUGUUUUUGGGAUGGAUGGAGGCGAACAUGUCAUAUCCCUAUGCUCGAAGUCUGACUUAUGCUGAGUUUCCAACCAAGUUUGUUUGA